AUGGGGCUCCAGGCUGGGACACCCUGGCUGCACCGGGACCUUGUCCUGCUGCCCACCCUGGUGGUGGCAACGCUGCUGCUCUGUGCCAGCGCCGGCCCCGCCGUGCCCGCGGCCAGCCCCCGCAGCCCCCCAGCGUUCCCCCCGGACUGCAGCCACCUCCGCAAGGGCAGCCCCAGCGGGGUGUACGUGAUCCAGCCCGCCCGCUCCCCCCCGCGCGUGGUCUGGUGCGACAUGGACACCGAGGGCAAGGGCUGGACCGUGGUGCAGAGGAACUCCCACGACACCGAGCUCACGUGGAAGCAAUCCUGGACCACCUACAAGUACGGCUUUGGCAACGUGCACAGCGAUUACUGGCUGGGCACCGAGUACCUGCACCUGCUGACGCAGCAGGGCACAUACAAGGUGCGCUUCGUGGUGCGGGACAAAGCCAACGUCACCCACUACGCCGAGUACGACAUCUUCAGAGUGGAGAACGAGGCCAGCGGGUACCCCCUGAGGCUGGGCAGGCACUCUGGAGAUGGGGAUGACUACCUGACCCUCUACCACCCCAAGAAGGGGGGCAUUCAUGACAACAUGAAGUUCAGCACGGUCGACAAGGACCAGGACCAGUACAGCGGGAACUGCGCCAAGAGCUACGGGGGGUGGUGGUACAACAGGUGCCAGAACGUCCUGCUCAAUGCCAAAAACUACAUUGUGUGGCCAGGAUUCUGUGAUAAAGGUGACUGUGCGUCCUCCCUGAUCCUGGUCAAACCCACAGAUGUGUGUUGA